CGUAGUGCUCUUCGCCAGUUUUCCCGUGUAAUUAGUUCGAUCAUCGUUGCAGAAUUAAUUGUUAUCAAAAUUUCAAGGUAUAAAGAUGGAAUCCAGUGGUUCGUUCAAUUGCGCUGUCAGAGUCAAAGAGGAAUGUUAUGAUGAGUCUCGAGGUAAAAAUGAUUAUGAUAUGAUUGACGAAAACCCCGAUAUAAAAAACUUUCAACUCUUAUCAUUUCCGCAAGAAAAUUUAAUCCAUACCUUUCGAAAAAGUGACUUGAAUCAUCCACGUGAAUUUAAUAACGAUGUUGAAUUAGUCGUUGAAUGUGAAGACGUCAAGCCCAACAUUAAUUUAUUAGCAGUUAAGAAAAUUGAAGAAGAUUCUCAAAAUGGCUUGAAGGACAUGGAGUACAAUGAUGUUUAUACAACUCAAAACUUGAUUAAAAUGGAACCAACGGAGGAAGUACAACAUGCAUCUUUUGUGAACACCGCAGAAGAAUCGAAUUUGAAUUCAGACUGUAAACGUGGCGAGCAAAAAAAAACAAGAAAAAUAACGAAAGAGUUGAGCAACGAACAUAACCUCAAAAGACACCGAGGUACGGUGCAUAAUGAUACAAAUUACGGAUGUGAAACAUGCGGAAAAUAUUUCUCAACUAACAGCAGUCUGAAAAGGCAUAUCCUAUCAAUACAUCAUGGUAUUACCCACUCAUGUGAUAAAUGCGGAAAGUCUUUUACUCAAAAAGGUUAUCUCAAAGGCCACAUUGAGGCAGUCCACAAGGGCUUCACAAAUGCCUGUGAUAUAUGUGGAAGGACAUUCUCAGACAAGAGUAAACUCCGAAAACACAUCGAUUCGAUGCAUAAUGGUGUCAGAUAUGCAUGCGACAUUUGCGGAAAUGUGUUCAAACGAAAAGAGGAUCUCAAAACCCACAUCGAGUCGGUGCAUCAAAAAAUCAGGCAUCCAUGUGAUAUAUGCCAAAAGACAUUCUCACAAAAAGGUUAUCUCAAAACUCACAUCGAUUCGGUGCACAACAAAAUCACGCAUGCAUGUGAUAUAUGCCAAGAGACAUUCACACAGAAAACGAAUCUCAAAACCCACAUCGAUUCGGUACAUCGUAAAAUAAGGCAUGCAUGCGAUAUAUGCCAAAAGACACUCUCAGACAGGAAUAGUCUCAGAAAGCACAUCGAUUCAGUGCAUAAUAAAAUCACGCAUCCAUGCGAUACAUGUCGAAAGUCAUUCACAACUAAAGUUAGUCUCAGAAUUCACAUCGAUUCAGUGCAUUAUAAAAUCAUGCAUCCAUGUGAUAUAUGCCAAAAGACAUUCUCAAACAGGAGUAAUCUCAGAAAGCACAUCGAGUCGGUGCAUAAUGGUGUCAGUCACGCAUGUAAUAUUUGCGGAAAUGUUUUUAAACGAAGAGGCAAUCUCAAAACUCACGUCGAUUCGGUGCAUCAAAAAUUCACGCAUCCAUGUGAUAUAUGCCAAGAGAUAUUCACACAGAAAACGAAUCUCAAAAGACACAUCAAUUCGGUACAUCGUAAAAUCACUUAUCCAUGCGAUAUAUGCCAGAAAAUAUUUACACAAAAAGAUAUUCUCAAAAGCCACAUCGAGUCUGUGCAUAAUGGUGUCAGACAUGCAUGCGACAUUUGCGAGAAUAUCUAUAAACAUAGAAGCGAUCUCAAUAAACACAUCGAUUCGAAGCAUAAUGGUGUUAGACAUGCAUGUGAUGUAUGCCAAAAGACGUUCGCACAAAAAAUUAGUCUCAAAGUCCAUAUCCAUUCGGUGCAUAAUAAAAUUAUUACGUACACAUGUGAUAUGUGCCAAAAGACGUUCUCAUACAAAAGUGGUCUAAAAAAACACAUCGUUUCGAUGCAUAAUGGUGUUGGACAUGCGUGUGGUAUAUGACAAAAGACAUUCUCACACAAAGUUGGUCUCAAAAAACACAUCGAUUCAGUCCAUAUUGGCGCCACCACUUUUGCAUGUGGUAUUUACGGUAUGAAAUCCUCAAGAAAGGAUACACUCAAAAAGCACAUCGAUUC